AUGCCCGCGGGCAUGAACAAGCAUGGAUCUCGGUCUUCUACCUCUUUGCCUCCAGACCCCAUGGAGAUCGUUCGGAGCAAGGCCUGCUCCCGGAGGGUCAAACUCAACGUGGGGGGCCUGGCGCAUGAAGUUCUCUGGCGAACCCUGGACAGGCUGCCCCGGACCAGGCUGGGCAAACUGAGAGACUUCAACACGCACGAGUCCCUCAUGGAGAUCUGUGACGACUAUAACCUGGAGGAGAACGAGUAUUUCUUUGACCGGCACCCGGGGGCAUUCACUUCCAUCUUGAACUUCUACCGCACGGGCAAGCUGCACAUGAUGGAGGAGAUGUGCGCCUUGUCCUUCAGCCAAGAACUGGACUACUGGGGGAUCGACGAGAUCUACCUGGAGUCCUGCUGCCAGGCCAGGUACCACCAGAAGAAAGAGCAGAUGAACGAGGAGCUGAAGAGAGAAGCCGAGACGCUGAGGGAAAGGGAAGGGGAGGAAUUUGAUAACACCUGCUGCGCCGACAAGAGGAAAAAACUCUGGGAUCUUCUAGAGAAACCCAACUCUUCAGUAGCCGCCAAGAUUUUGGCCAUCAUUUCCAUCAUGUUCAUUGUAUUAUCUACAAUAGCCUUGUCACUUAAUACGCUUCCUGAACUACAAGGCACGGAUGAAUUUGGACAAACCACAGAUAACCCUCAGCUUGCCCACGUGGAGGCAGUGUGCAUUGCAUGGUUUACAAUGGAAUACCUCUUGCGGUUCCUAUCCUCACCUAAGAAAUGGAAGUUUUUCAAAGGCCCCCUGAACGCUAUUGAUUUGCUAGCUAUCUUGCCCUAUUAUGUCACUAUCUUCCUCACGGAAUCAAACAAAAGUGUACUUCAGUUCCAAAAUGUACGCAGGGUGGUUCAGAUAUUUCGUAUCAUGAGGAUACUCCGAAUUCUAAAGCUGGCCAGGCACUCAACCGGUUUACAGUCCUUGGGAUUUACUCUAAGGAGGAGCUAUAAUGAGCUUGGAUUACUCAUCUUGUUUUUGGCCAUGGGCAUUAUGAUCUUUUCCAGCUUAGUUUUUUUUGCAGAAAAAGAUGAGGAUGAUACAAAAUUCAAGAGCAUCCCCGCUUCCUUCUGGUGGGCCACUAUCACCAUGACAACAGUAGGCUAUGGAGACAUCUACCCCAAAACUCUCUUAGGCAAAAUAGUUGGAGGGUUGUGCUGCAUUGCUGGGGUGCUGGUGAUUGCUCUUCCCAUCCCGAUCAUUGUAAAUAACUUCUCUGAGUUCUACAAAGAGCAGAAGAGGCAGGAGAAAGCCAUCAAGCGCAGAGAAGCACUUGAAAGAGCAAAAAGAAAUGGCAGCAUUGUCUCCAUGAAUAUGAAGGAUGCUUUUGCCCGUAGUGUAGAACUGAUGGAUAUUGUGGUUGAAAAGAAUGGAGAAAGCACAGGCAAAAAGGAUAAAGUUCAGGACAAUCAUUUAUCCCCCAGCAAGUGGAAAUGGACCAAAAGAACACUCUCUGAAACUAGCUCCAGUAAAUCUUUUGAAACUAGGGAACAAGGAUCUCCAGAAAAGGCCCGGUCCUCUUCCAGCCCUCAGCACCUGAAUGUCCAACAGUUGGAGGACAUGUACAACAAAAUGGCAAAGACUCAGUCACAGCCAAACCUCAACACUAAAAACACAGGUCACCCUGGAAAGCAAAAGGAAGAGCUAGAAAUGGAGACCAUUCCUGGCCCUACGGUCCCUUUAUUGACCACCCGUGCUGACGGGAUCAUUGACAUGAGGAGCAUGUCAAGCAUUGACAGUUUUAUAAGCUGUGCUACAGAUUUCCCUGACUCUGGGAAAUUCUCCCACAGUCCACUUGCUACACUUCCCUGCAAAGGAGGUGUUAAUCCAAUUCAGGAGCAAAUCAGGGCAGAGGGAAGUGGAACCAGGUUCAUGGAGAUAAACCCAAAGCCAGAAGGCAGCCAUCGCUCUACAUUUUUCAUAGAAAGUCCCAACAGUUCUGUAAAAGCCAGUAACCCUUUAAAAUUAAGAUCUCUGAAAGUCAACUUUAUGGAAGAUGACAACAGCACAUUAGUACCAGCAUCAAAUGUACUGAGAAUAUAUCCAGAUGCUCUCAAGAAUAGGGGAGCUGCUGCUGCUGCAGACAGUUCCUUACUCUCUGAUCGAUCUUUAGUCAGUCCAGAAACCUCUAUCUACACAACAGCAAGUGCUAGAACACCCCCAACGUCGCCAGAGAAGCAGAUAGCAAUAGCUUUCAACUUUCACGAUGCCAGCAUACAUAAAUAUAUAGAUGCUGAUACUGAUGAUGAAGGUCAGUUGCUUUACGACUCAAGCCCUCCAGGAAAUGUAAGUCCCAAAUACAAUAUUACAAACAGUGCUUAUCUAAAGCAAAAAGAUAACAUUUAUAGAAUGGAGAAGAACCAUCUAGAGAGUGCUGCUUUACCCACCUCACCGAAAUUUAUAGGGCAAAACUGCAUUUACUCCAUGGAAGGUAUCACUGGAAAAACCCAGGGAAAUCAGGAGACUGUCAGACUAGAAAAUCACAUUUCACCCGAGGUCCAUAUAUUACCAGGUGGUGGAGGACAUGCUAACACCCACGAUCAACGCAUCUGA